AUGUCCAAACCAAUUUUUUUUAAACCCGAAUUUUAUAGUGGCGAACCGGACGAAUGUGUCAACGAAUUUAUUGAAAAUUAUAAUUUGAUAUCUGUGGCUAAUGAGUGGUCUGAUGAUAAAAAAAUAAUGUAUGUCCCAAUAUAUCUCAAAAAAAGCGCAAAGGCAUUCUAUCAAAAUUAUAUCAUAAAUAAUCCUACACCAACAUGGAGUCAUUUUGAACUAGAACUCAAGGAAUAUUUCAUUUCACCGGGGAGGACCAGAAUGCUUAAAGCAAAAUGA